AAGACUGAAAAGUGCCGGCUCUGCCGCACCUCGCGGUAGUCAUGGAGUCUGUCACUGCCGAGGAGCUCCCUGAAGAGGAAGAGGAAGAAGAGCAGGAGCAGCUGUUGAAGCGGCAUCGGAAGGAGAAGAAGGAGUUGCAGGCCAAAAUUCAAAGCAUGAAAAACGCUGUUCCCAAGAAUGACAAAAAGAGGAGGAAACAAUUGAUUGAGGAUGUUGCUAAAUUGGAAGGAGAAAUGGAACGGAAACACAGAGAAGAAUUGGAGCAUUUGAAACUGACUUCACAUGCAAAGAAUAAGAAUCUUAAAUACUUGAGUUUAAACCACAAUCGGCUAAUUGGUAUUCCUAAAGAACUUUGUUCCCUGCCUUUUCUUUCUGAAAUUCAACUAAACUACAAUCAAAUUGUUUCCAUCCCUGAAGAAUUUAGAAAUAUGAAAAAUCUCAGUAGACUGUCUUUGGCAAGAAACUGCAUUAAAGAAUUCCCAAUAGUGCUCUGCGUUUUGAAGAAAUUAAGAGUAUUAGAUUUAGCUGGAAACUUUAUUCAGACACUCCCCAAAGAACUUCGGGAUAUGAAAUUGAGAGUAUUCUUCUGUGAAGAAAAUCCAUUCGUGAAGAGACACCCAAUUUAUGUUGAGCAGAAAGAAGAAAUUUUGACUUUGAAGGAAAUCACAGCAAGAUAUAUUUUGAAUGAGAUGUCUGAGCAUGAUCCAUUGUUUCUGCAAGGCAUAGAAUAUUUCCCAGAAAUCUUAAAUAUACUUUCUAGGAAGAGGACAUGUUUAUUAUGUGGAAAAAGAGUUCUAUUCACAGAUAUAAAAUGUGUAACUUUUAAACGUCAAACAAAGGUAAAUUAG